AUGCUUGGCAAGGAAGCCAAGCAGCGAGCCGCCGCGAAGGAGACGGCCUCGCGGGCGCCCGCCCGCCCUGAUGCCAAGAAGCCCGGGACCAGCGGCGCUGGUCCCAAGCUGGCUGGCGCGGCGAGAUACGACAAGAUCAGGGACCUGAAUUCGGGGAGCUUCGGCUUCGUGCAGCUGGCGCGGGACAAGGUCACCGGCAAGAAGGUGGCGAUCAAGUUCAUCGACAGGGGCAGCAAGGUGAACAAGCACGUGAGGAAUGAGAUCAUCAACCACAGGAACCUGCUGCACCACCACGUGAUCCAGUUCAGAGAGGUUUACUUGACCCCCAAAUACCUGUGCAUAGUCAUGGAGUUUGCGCCUGGUGGUGACAUGCUUGAUUACGUCAAGAGGAAGGGCGGCCUGACAGAGGACGAGGCCCGCUGGUUCUUCCAGCAGCUCAUAAUCGGGCUUGACUACUGCCACAAGAUGGGUGUGGCCAACAGGGACAUCAAGCUGGAAAACACGCUCCUCGAUGACAGCCCCUGGCCGCUGCUGAAGAUAUGCGACUUCGGUUACAGCAAGCAUGAGGAGCUGAACUCUGCUCCCGGCUCUAGGGUGGGCACUCCAGCGUACCUUGCUCCAGAGGUCAUCAUGAACACCAGAGGGAGCACAUACGAUGGAAAGACUGCUGACAUAUGGUCCUGCGGAGUUUUUCUCUACGUCAUGAUGGUUGGCUCGUACCCCUUUGAGAAGUCGGAAGACAGAAAAAAGCCGGACAAGUUGAGGAGGAUGAUUCAGAGGAUCGUUAAUGUUGAUUACUCGAUUCCCAGCUGGGUGCGGAUGUCAGAGGACUGCAGGGACAUUCUGUCCAAGAUCCUGGUGAAGGACUUGAAGAAGCGCUUGACGAUGGACCAGCUGCAGCAGCACAGGUGGUUCAGGAAGAACCUCCCGGAAGGGGCCCAGGACAUGAACAAGCGUCUGCAGCAACAGGGAUCUGGAUUGCAGAGCGUCGAGUCCAUCACCAAGAUCGUGGACAUGGCCAAAGUCAAGGAAAAGGUCAAGGACGAUGAUGCGUUGAUCGAUGAUGAACUCGCCAACCUCGAAGAUGAAGAUUGA